AUGAUACCUAUCGCUCACGGUCGCCAAGGAGACAUAUACGCUAUCAGAAUUCAAGAACAAGACGACCCUAAUGACCAUGGAUCUUCAAGCAGUGAAGUAUUUUCGAACAAUACGGUAUCGAAAGAUGAACGCAAAGACAAAUACGGCCAUGCUGAUAGAUCGAGAGGCUGGAAAGCACUUAAAAUCGUCUAUGCCCCUCGAGACGGAUAUAUAAGGGGUAACGAACCUCAUAAUGUCCUAAAGGAAGUUGAACUACUAAGGAAGAUAGAUCAUCCCAAUAUAAUCACCCUUCUAAAUUAUACAUUCGAUGAAGAGAUCCUCCAGCAUCGCUUGACCCUGCCUCUAUACCCUAUGUCCCUCUCGGAUCUAUUCCAAGAUCCAUCUUUCUCACCUACCGACGUCGAUAUACCGAAGAUCAUUUCGUAUCAACUCUUAAAUGCUAUUUCAUACCUUCAUUCGAUGAAUCCACCUAUCGCUCAUAGGGAUGUGAAUCCUUCGAAUGUCAUGUUUGAUAAGCAGGGGAGACUGAAAUUAAUCGAUUUUGGGAUUGCCUAUUCUCCAAAAUCUGGUGAAUCAAGGGACUCAUUUCUGGUAGGAGGUGUUAAGAUGGUUGAAGGAGACGGAAUCAAGGCGAACGAGGGGGGAAGGGUGAAGGAUCAUGAAUGGGAGGAAAAUGUUGGCAGAUCGAAAGAGGACGAUCAUAACAUGUGUUGCGACGUAGGAACAGGAUCAUAUCGCGCACCUGAACUUUUAUUUUCACCUCGAUCGUACGACCCGCUCAAAGUCGACCUAUGGUCAGUCGGUUGUAUAGUAGCUCAAUUUUUCAGACCUUAUGGUUUCGCUUUAGAUUCACCAUCAUCAGAUACCUCAUCUUCCUUGUCCAAUGUUGACUCUUCUGACUCUUCGGACGAAGAUCAGAUGGAUCCACUAGACAACGAACCUUCCUCCUCGAUACAAACUAGACGGCCUCUCUUGGACUCUACCUACGGUUCACUGGGAUUAGCUUCAAGUAUAUUCAAAGUACUUGGUAAACCAUCUCCGGAAAAUUGGCCAGGAUUCACAACUCUUUCCGAUUCUGACAAGAUUGAUUUCCCCGAUUCUACCCUUAGACCAAUAAGUGACCAUUUACCUUUACUUCGCCAUCUUUCCGAGGAUACUCAGAUAGAUGUGUUGGAGGUGAUAGAGGGGCUGUUGAGGUUGGAUCCGGAGAGCAGGAUUCGAGCGGAUCUAGUCUUGGUGAUGAGAUGGGUAAAGGACAUUCAUGACGUGUGCUGUAAGGCAAAGGAGGAGGGUGGGUUGAAGCAGCGGCUCAGGAUUGCUAUCAUCAGAUAUGGGAAUUUGGAGAGCGAAACGCACAAAGGAGGAGCAUAA